UUUUUUGUUUCCAUAGUCACGAGACGAUGUUGUCCCUUUUUUAGUUUAAUUUUAUGUUUAAAGGGGAGAGAGAGUUGGCAGAGGAACUGAUAGAGAACUUUCAAAGGUCUUUUUAUCUUGCACCAUCACUCACAGCUGAUAGCAUCUAUAUAUGGCAGUCUCAAACUGAAGUGUUCUACAAAAUGCUUUAGUCUUAUCUUCCCAUCUGAAACAAAGUGUUUGCCCCACUGCACCCCAACGUCUUCCUUUUAUUUUUUUUCUUUUUUCUGUCUCUCUCUGUCGGCAUCAUGAGACCAGAAAAUAACCCUUUGGAUCUCAACAACCUUCCCGAUGACUACUCCAGAGAUGGCAAUCAACUCUUCCAAGACACUUUCUCUUCGGAAGGAUAUCAGAGAAACAAAGACAGUAUGAAGGAUGAUGAGAGUGAGAAGGUCUACGAGUGUAGAUUUUGUUCCCUCAAGUUCUUCAAAUCACAGGCUCUUGGGGGACACAUGAACCGUCACCGACAAGAGAGGGAAACAGAGACACUGAACCAUGCUCGUCAGCUGGUCUACCGUAACGAUCAUAGCCUAAGCACUCAACCCGCCCCCAACCUAGGAUGCUGUCAACCAAUAGCAUCAGGGGGCUAUCAUCCUGCAAGUAGCAUGGGAGACCCAACAAUGCAUGCAAGGUUCCCAAGAUACAUAUCGGGUUCGGGUUCGGGUUCAGGUUCAUCUUCGUUCCAUGUACCAACUCCACCACCCCAGCUGCAACUGCAUCAACCAUCUCAGCAUCAUCUUUUGAUAGCCUCACCUCCGACACCACCCCUUCCUUUUCCACGAGCUUCGUAUUCUCAGCAGCAUCAUCAUGCAGUGAACGACUACUAUGUGGGUCAUGUUCUGGGCAGCAGCACCAAGAAUCACGUCCUGAAUGACUGCACUUGCAUCGGGGCACCCGUAGGACAAACAUUGGUGGGUGGUGGCAAAGACAGGUCACUGCAGACUCCUCAGGGGGAUUCGUUGAAUUGGGGACGGGGCUAUGCAGGAACACGGCAGCUAUUGGAUACUCCUUCAGCGAUAAAUCGGUGUCACGAAGGGUUUCAAUGAGUGGUGACGAUUUUAUUAUGCAUCACAAAAGACAUGCUAUUCAGAAAGAGAGAGACUUAACGAACUGACACAUGGGGUCAUGAAGGGGAAAGGAAAUUGAGAGAGAGAAAAGGGUUUCGGUUUCAUACUUAAUUAAUGGACACAGCUUUUGAGUUCAUGGAUAGGCUCAGCUACUUUGGCUUCAAGCUCUUUGCGAAAUUUCAACUCUUUGCUUUUAUGUUCUUCUUGUUGUGUGUAUCCUAAAUCCUAUGAGAAACAAUAACAUGUUAAAUGCACCUCUUCAAUUCUAAACCACCACCAA